AUGGAGCGGACCUUCUGGAAGUUGACAAGGUCAACAGGAGGUCAACCGGAGGUCAACAGUCUCUCUAGCCGAGCUUUCUCUUCCUGGACUGCAUUCAGCCAGCCCGGAGUCAUGUAUAUGCUGCAGCUGCAGGCUCGUGGUGUCACCAGAACGGACUUCAAUGACCGCCGUUCCGUAGGAAGCAUGCUGAUCCCCGUCAUUGGGGCAUGGUGGGUCAAAGUACUGUUUUCGAGGAACGUUCUGGAUGUCUUGCACUGCGGUGCAGCAUCAUGGUGGAUGGCCGAGCCAUGA